GAAAACUGAAAAAACAUCUUGAAGAUUUGGAUGGCAGCAGACAUUUUACCACCAGGUUUCCAAUCAGAUGUAAUUCACAUUUCUCUGGACAGUCCAUAGAUGUUUAAAAUAAGGCUACAGUAAGCCUUAGUUACUACUCCAUAUUGAGGAUGGCGCAUGGGUGGGAUUCAUAUUUCCAUAAUCCCCCACCUCUACCAUCAGAUCCAGGGACUUUGAGAAGGACAUCUGAGUCAGAUGGGUGCCUUUCCCAUCAUAUUGAGGACUUUACUGGACAUCAUGGCUUUGCCAGCGCUGGUGCUUCACAUGAAGCCCCUGUCUUUAACUCGGACUUUAACACAAACUAUUGCUCAGACCCCAGUGUUGUGAAUUCCAGGUCAGAUUAUGUUUAUCAAAGAUACUGUGGUGAAACACAAUGGCAAGCUGAUGGAGAACAAAUGGGAAAGGAUUACUUGCAACGAUGUGAAAAUGGUAAUAUCCCGGAUUUUGCUGCAGACGGAUUGCAAACAUCUGACUCUUUUCCAUCAUCUUUUGGAACAGACUUUCAAGGACUUAAGGAAGAUUAUGAAAUGCCAAGUACAUCAUUUCUUGAGAACUACUCAGAUGUCAGUAGCUGCUCUGAUGCAGACGCUGGUGAAACAAGACCACCUUGUAAAUUCAUGGCAAGUAAGUCCUAUUCAAAUCCUAAAACUGAUGGUUCCGAAAAACAAGGCUCAUCAUCAUGGUUUUUUACUCAUACGGAUAAUAUGACUUUUCCGACUGAGAGUUUGUGUUCAGAUAUGUCGGAGACUGAUGUACUUUUAUCGUCAAAUUUGAAGGCACGACAAAACAUAGUUCAGUCUCCAGAGGACAGUUUGGAAAAAUUAGAGAAAACAGUUACAUCAUACACAGGACAUCAUCAGUCCUCUACUACCUCCUACAUGAAGACAACUACCAAGAGCAAAACUGAGCUUGAAAUAAGUGAAUACGGUGGUUUCCAAGAUGAAAAACAAAGGAAAGAUGUGGAGGGAGAUCUUGCACAUACUCAUUCAGACCUCUUGAUAAGUGGUCAUGAAAACUUUGGUCAUGGAAUAGAUGAGUAUCCAGAUGACAGUGAGGAAAAGCAAAUUACUUCAGCUUCUCCAAAUAUCAUAAGUACGUUAAAAUAUGAUCAAGUUCCCAUAAAUGAAAAUGGCUCACAAAAGGACAUGAAAGAACUGUUGAACCAAGAAAAGGCAGGACUUAAUCAUCCAAACUCAGCAGAUGGUCAAAAUGGAAAUAUGGGUCAAGAUGUGCAAAACAAUGAUGAGGUCUUUGAAGGGGAAACGAGAGAAUCAGAUUUACUUGAAAACAAGAUUUCAGAUGAACAUAAAUCCCAAAUUCCCAAAUCCAACAGAGGUCAACUUGAAAAUAAGGAUUCUGACUGCCAGAAGAAAGAAAUUCAGACAGAUGCCAUUAAAUCCUCCAAGGCAUCCAAUUCUAAUGCUUCUACACAACAACUGUGGAAAUGCACAAGGACCAGUCAUGAUGUUAAAUCUAACUUAUUAUCUACACAAAAGUCUGAUGAAAGUGUGGCUGGUGAAGUUUUUAGAAACCUUGAUGAGCACAGUGAAGAUCUGUUGAGCGAUGUCAGUAUUUCAGGGCUUUCAGAACCAAGUUUGAUGCUUAAAAGCUGCAGCAACAACAUACAUCUCAAUGUAGAUGAAGUACAAGCAAUUGCAGGAGAAAAGUCAAACGUUGAGAUUUCUCCUGAUCCAGAAUGUAGUGGCCGAACUGACACUAAAGACUAUUUAUGUAUGGACACUAAAGAUGAGAACAAGCAAGGUGCAGGCGUUCAUGUAGGAUCCUGUUUAAAGUUGAACAGCUUGAGCCAAGGUGCAAAUGCCCAUGUAGACACAGAACUUUCAAGUGCAGCAGAGAAGACAAAUAUGACUUUUUCUUCAGAUUCAAAUUGCAGUCGUCUCUCUGCCAGUAAUGAAGGUCUUUCUACAAAUACUAAUGACUUGAACAAAGACAGUGUUGCCACUCAUCCAGAUUCCUCCUUGCAACUGCAGACGCCUGGUACGGAUACACAUCCCUCUCUAGAAAUGGAAGACACUAGUCAAUCGGAAAAGAAAAACCCAACCUCUCUUCCAGAUCAAGAUCAUAGUGAUCUCAAUAUCACCAGAGACAGUCUUUCUAUUGACAUCACUGACAAGGACAGGCAAGGUGUUGAUCAUCAUUCAGAAUCCUGUUUGGAGCCAGAGAGCUUAAACACAGAUACACAUUCUUGUCAAGAAAGGACAUUUAAAACUUCGCUAGAAACAACCUUGGUCUCCUCUCCAGAUCAAGACUGUAGUGGAUCCAGUGUCACUGUUGAUACUAGCAACAAGAAUCUCAGCCAUUCAGAAUCUCCUUUUAAACAAAAGAGCUUAAACACAGAUGUGCAAACCUCUGUAGAAAUGGAAUUCAAAAGUCAGUCUGAGAAGAAAAACCCUACCUCCCCUCUAGAUCAAGACUGUAGCAGCCCUAGUGCAACCUGUAAAAGUCCCUUUGUUGAUGCUGUUGACAAGAACAAGGGAAGCGUUGCUGCUAAUCCAGAAUCCUCCCUUCAGUUAGAGUACUUAAACACAGACACACAUCCUCUUCUAGAAGGAAGCAAGGAAAGUCCAACCUCCCCUCCAGAUGUAGAUUGUAAUUGUCCCAACAUCACCAGUGACAGUCUUUCUGUUAAUAAUACUGACAAGAACAAGCAAACUGUUCCUAGUAUUUCACAAUCCUGUUUAAGCACAGACACGUGUCCCUCUAAAAAAAUGGAAAUCAAAACCUCUUCUCCAGAUCAAAAUUGUGGCAACACCACUGUAACCGGUGACGGUAUUUCCAUUGACACUAGUGACGAUAACAAGCAAAGUGUUGCUGCUAAUCCAGACUCUUCCCCACUGAAAGAAAGCUCCAACACAGACACACAUGGCUGUGUAGAAAAUGAAUGUAUAAGUCCCGCUGAUAAGGCAAGAGCAACCUCUUCCACAGAUUAUGAAUCUAAUAGCCAUGUGGUGACAAGUGACUGCAACAGGCAAAGUCCUAAUAGUUUAGAAUCCUGCUUGCAAUCAAAACCCUCAAGCUCCAACACAAAUUUUUCAGACUGGGCAAGUUCAGAAGUGAACGCAAAGACAACCUGUUCUCUUGAUCAGCAGCAAUCACUACGUGAAAGUCCAGUUGGCCAAGAACCUCUGGGUCUUGGGGAGGAUUGGUCUGAAAAUGCUAGAGACUCAUUUGAAGACAUGGACAUCUCUACAGAGGAACAGCCAGACAUGCUGUAUGGUGAACCUCUGUCCAGAGAUGACUCCUCAUGUGACACUAAUGAAUCACAGUAUAAAGAAGCAUUUGUUACUGAAACUGAUGGGAAGAACAUGGACCAUUCAGGAGGACAAGCUCCGCAACUAAAAUCCGCAGCUGAAAUGAGGAAAAUGCUGCAACCUGUUGUAAUAUUGAAGAGUUUGGAGUCAGAAAAUGGAACAAGUGACUCGUAUUACUGUGCAGAUUGCAAACACACAACUUAUAGCACAGAUCAAUCAAUUGAACACUACCAUUGUUGCCAUACAGUGAACAAUUUUGACUUUUGCAAAAGUUGCAGUCUCUAUUUGGUGAAAAAUGAACAAGCUCGAAAACAUUUGUGUGGUGACGUUAAAGACGGGUCUCAGCGUCCUUCAGAUCCUAGCCCACAGAAAAAGGGAAAUCGCCAAGGCAACCAUAGGUGCAAUAGGUGCAGACUGACAUUUUCAAAAGUAAUGCAUUAUAUCAAGCACAUGCGGACUCACACUGGGAAAACACCAUUUAGGUGUAAUGACUGUGGCUCUUAUUUUGCACAAGGCGGGAGCCUGAAAAGACACAAGCGUGUACCUGGUAGAUGCAAGCAGUCCAACCUCCCAGCUAAAAAUCCUGAUGUGGCUGUGAGACAAACUGACACACCAAAACAAAAGGAUGGGGUGCAAAGUAACAUAGAUAUGCCAAAAUGUUUUGUUAAGCUUUUCGACAUCUCCCAGACAAAUCUGUGUGGAUUAUGUGGUAAAACCUUCCCUACUGCAGAAAAGGUUAAAAAGCAUCUCUAUAAAGUACACCAUGGAAAGGGUACAGUAGUGUCGUUAAACCAGAGUCCCACAGCAGUCAGUGAGAGUGAUGAAAAGCAGGAGAAAACUCAAGAAGUGGAGAAUGACAUAAUAGGAAAAUAUAAAUGUCCUCUAUGCCCACGGCUUUUUAAGUACUCUUACAAUCGAGCGCGACAUUUGCGUGACUGUGUUCGAGAUGCGAUAUAUGGUGGCAAGGAAAAAAUUGCUGGUAAAUAUCGAUGUCCUUUGUGCCACACAAUGUUCACUAUGACAUCCAAUCGAUAUAGGCAUAUUAAAACAAGCUGCCUCAGAGAAUUUCUUAAUCAACUAGCAAAAGAGAAAGCAAAAGAAAGGACAACGGUUGAGAAAGAAACAGUGGAAAGAAAGCGGCUCUACAAUGACUAG